AUGAGUGCCAGUCCGAUAGCCUACGGUGAUGCCGAUGCCUCCAUCUCUGCCCCCACAGGUGCUCGCUCCGGAUCCUUCUGUAUUUCCCUGCUCACCUCGACAUGGCUCUAUGCCGUCUUGGGCCUGGUGGGAUAUGCCAGCCUCGUAGGCUCGGCGCUUCGCUUCUGCAGGGUGAACCGUCUGCAAGCCAGAUACAGAUAUACGGACCGCGAGUCGCUGUCGUCCAUGACGGUGGAGGAUGCUUCGGUCAUAACUAAUCACAUGAUCCGUUACGAGCACACGCUCUUCUACGAUCUCUCCUUGCGUCUGGCAUUGCUAAGGACAUAUACGGUGAAGAACGUGGCCAAGGUGCUCAUGUCUGUCAGCGAUCUUGCCGACAGAGGACAGGCAACCAAGAGGUCUGUCCUGCCCGCAGUCUCGCCUCCUGUGGCCGUCGGCCUUACUGACAGCCGUCGCAGAUACGCAGACACCUCGAUCCUCUACACAUGCUGGGCGCAGUUCAAGCCCCAGGACCCGUUGUUCCUUCAAUCUAUCGAGCGCACAAACUUCCUCCACGCGCCGUACCGCAAGGCCGGCAAGAUCCUGAACGAGGACCUCCUCUACGUCCUGUGGGCGUCCAUGGCCGGGCCGGUUCGCGGCAUCGCCAUGUUCGACUGGCGACCUCUGAGCGACAUGGAGCGCGCGGCCAUGGGCACGCUCUGGAAGCACAUCGGCGACCUCAUGAGCAUCGACUACAAGGCCGAGCUGGGCCGCGACGACUGGGCCGACGGCAUCGACUUCAUGGACGACCUGACCUGCUGGGCGGCCGGGUACGAGGAAAAGUACAUGCGUCCGUACCCGGAGGUGCGCAGGCUGGGAGAGGUGCUCAUGGAGCUGUUUUGCGAUUCGUAUCCCAAGUUUGCGGGGCCGGCCGUGUCGUCGAUGAGCAUGGUCGUGAUGGGUGAACGGAUGCGUCAUGCGUUUGGAUACCCUGAGCCUGGGCUCGGCAUCACAGCCCUGACGUAUACCCUGCUGUAUGUUCGGAAGCUCGUCGUACGCCACCUGAUCCCUCCUCCGCUCUUCGCCGCGCCGAUGCUGUCGAUGCCGGACCCCAAGACUGGUCGCAUGCAUGGAAGCGCCUACAUGGAGCACCCGUGGUAUGUCCGCCCUGGGUUCCUGUCACGAUGGGGUCCCACGGCUUGGGCAACGUGGCUGUGGGGGGGUGUCCUACCCGGCGAUGAGGGAGACAGGUUUAUGCCCGAGGGUUUCCUCUUCGGGGAUCUUGGGCCCAAGAGGACCAUGGGUAGAGGCACCGACAAUGAUGCUGAGCUGAAACGCCUGGCGGCAGUGAGGGCACCGACUGAGUCACCGUUCAAGCCCAAGAGUAAGGCCCAAGGUUGA